GACUUCCGAAAUGGAUCGCUUGUCUGAAUGGCCUGCCUAUAUCACAGUCUUACUACUCUCUUGAUCCAUAUUGAACCACCAGCAAGGUAAUUGCAGCAAGCAAGGAUGACCGAGGCCUUGGACAAAAUGAAAGUGGAGUUCAUCGGCCGCGAAGAGAGCGUGCAGGCCGUCGCGGCGGCCUGCCAGGACACCGGCGAGGUUCCCGAAAGGUACGUCAGGCCGAAGAUGGACGCCGACCCCCUCAUCGCCGACGCCGAAGGCUACGCCCUGCCGACGAUCGACAUGUCGAGGCUGCUUAACCCCGAAUCCUCCGAGGAGGAAUCUGCUAAGCUCGGAGCCGCCUGCGAGCACUGGGGAUUCUUCCAGCUGGUGAACCAUGGAGUGGACGGAGAGCUGCUGGGGCAGACGAAGGCCGACGUCGCGGCAUUCUUCGGCCUUUCCCCGGAGGAGAAGUCGGCGGUGGCGAUGCCGCCGGGCGGCAUGCAGGGCUUCGGCCACCACUUCGUCUUCUCCGAGGAGCAGAAGCUGGACUGGGCAGACUUGCUGUUCCUCGUGACCAGGCCCGUCGAGGAACGGAGCCUGGGUUUCUGGCCUACCAAUCCCUCCACCUUCAGGGACACGCUUGACAAGUACACAUUGGAGCUAGCAAAUGUGACGGAACAACUGUUCAGGUUCAUGGCAAAGGACCUGGGAGUUGACCAUGAGGCGCUGCUUGGAACCUUCAGGGGGCUGCCCCAGUGCGUAAGGGUCAACUACUACCCUCCCUGCCGUCAAGCCGACAGGGUGCUAGGCCUCUCGCCGCACACCGACGGUGUCGGCAUGACGUUGCUCCUCCAUGUAAAUGAUGUGCAAGGGUUGCAGAUCAGGAAGGAUGGGGAAUGGUAUCCUGUGGUGGCCCUUCCCGGGGCUCUCAUCGUCAACAUCGGCGACGUUCUUGAGAUCCUCACCAAUGGCAAGUACAAGAGCAUCGAGCACCGGGCGGUGGUGAACCCUGACACGGAAAGGAUCACCAUUGCGGCGUUCCACAGCGCACACCUUUCCUGCACGAUCGGGCCGCUUCCAGAGCUAGGCAACGCGCGCUACAGGGCGAUGGAUGGCGUCGAGUUCACCAAGGGAUACUUCGCAGCGAAGCUGGAAGGCAGGAGGUACUUGGAGAGCCUGAAGUUAUAAGCAUAUAUAUACGAUUAGACUGAGAAUGUUAUGAUUAAUUUCUGAUCUUUUCUAUUUCGUGGAUUGCUCAUAAUGAAUUGUGCCUAUCUUUCAGCAUGGUUGUGAUGUGUAAUUUUCUAGUAGCAUGAUUUUAACUGGUCUGGAGUUCUGAAAACCUUAACCAUGCAAUCAAAUAAUUUGGGGGAACCUUUUUUAAGGAAAUAUUUUGUGAACAUUAUGUA